UGUUUCAAUUUCUAUGCAUUUUCGAUCUGAAUUAGAUGCAAAGGCUUUUUACCAAAGACACAGCGAUUCACACGCAAAACUUACUCAGACUCAGGUGUUACUCUCAACAAUAACAUUCAAAUACAAAAUAUGGAUAAUAAAUAGCUUUUGGAUGAAAAGUUUGAAAAAAUGAAUCUGUACCAAUACGGAACUCGAACAACGUCGAAUAAUAGAAACUCAACUGAUUUCGAAGUUUCGUAGUUCUUCUAUUUUGGAACUGAACCUACAGGUAAAAGAGCAACGAAAAUCAGAAAUUACUUUCAUUCGAGUCUCCAGGUCACUAUUACUGAAACUAAAAAGCUAUUUUACAGUACAAUAGCUUUUUAGGUUACGGAGUAGAAUUUUUACUCCGAGCAAAAUGAAAGAUUUCUGCAGACAAGAGUAAUAAGCAGUUGCUCGGGACCUAGAAUUAAAAAGCAAGCAAUAAAAGAAUACUUCAAUAGGCUAUCGAUGCUCGAAACACUUACUGAUGAUACAGUUCAUCUUUAGCUCAACCUGUUCUAUGCUUGCUUCUUAAUUCUAGGUACUCACGUUCGAAUCAUCGUCACAGCAGAGUAAAUUGUUUCAGUUUCUUUCUUCGUUAACUUGUGAACCUUGACUUUACGACAGUCGUGGUCGGCCGUGUGAGAGCAUGGAGACUUUUUGUACACGUCAGCUCGAUUCUGAAUUUAAUUUUUAAAUUUUUUCAAAGUUAAAAAUUUAACGCGCUUCUACCACAAAAAUGGUGUACGAGUUUUUCGAGCAGAAAAUGACUGCCUAGGGUACAUACACAAAAGUUAAGUUUACCUAUCAAAGCGUCUAAGAGUGGAACAGGUAACCACGCGGCGCUUCGAAGGCAUAAGAAAUCAUUUUUCAUGACCCCGUAUUUCUUCGAUGCCGAACGUGUAGUUAUACGGGAUACCCGUAUUUUUGAACCGUUCAGACCCCGUCACCCCGUGGCAAAUGAGAGGCGGACCCGUCCAAUGAGAAAUAUUACGGACCGUUUUCUUAAUUUUCGGACUCCGUCUUUUUACCCGUUUUUACGCUCUUGGGUAGAGAGUCAGGUAGUAAAUUCGGAAUAUGUAUACAGCAAAUUCAGCUCUGCGUUCCCUUAUCUAAAUAGGUAUCAUUUUCACUAGUUUAAUAAAGUGCCUUAUAAAGCAUUCCUAGAUACAUCAACGAAUGCAUCUCGAUAUUUUUGCUGGGGAGGUUUUGCUUGGGCAGUUAUAAUGGCUAAAAUAGUAUAGAUGAAUAUUACUUAUAAAUAAAUUAUAACAUUCGUCUCAUAUUUUCUUGUAGUGGGCACCUGAGAUUCGUCAAUUUUGUCCUAAUGUUCCUAUAUUAUUGGUUGGUUUGCAAUCAGAUUUACGCGAUAAUGAGAAUAUGAUUAAACAGCUUAAGAAAUCGAAAGCAGAAUUCAUAACACCUGCACAAGGCGUAACAAUGGCAAAAAAAAUAAAUGCAAUGAAAUAUGUUGAGUGUUCUGCUUUGCAUGAUAUUGGAAUAACUGAAGUUUUUUUUCAAGCAGCACUCAUCGCAAUAGCAGAUAAAAAGAAGAAAACCGGUGCUCUUUGA